AUGAAGGUGGGCAUCACGAAGCUGCGCGAGCUGCCUGCAGAGUAUGUCCCCCUCGGACUUCUGGUGGCUCGUGGGAUCAUCCAGUUCCUCGUCGUCUCCAUUUUCAAGUUCAUCGUCGGGGUCAGAAACACAGUGGAAGUGGUCAAGGACGAGAACUACUCCUACCUGAUGCAGCAGAUGAGGUCGCGGCAGGAGGGAGUUUCGCUCCUCACGGCAUCGAAUCAUGCAUCCUCGCUCGAUGACCCGGGCCUCCUCUCCUGUCUUAUCCCCAUGGACGUGGCGAUGAGCCCGAAGAGGAUGCGGUGGUCGCUUGCCACCCAAGAGAUCGCCUUCCCCAACAUCCCCUUAGUGCAGGCUUUCAUGGGAGCAGGGCAGGUGCUUCCGAUAUGGCGAGGAGGAGGAAUAGACCAGCCGCUGUUCUUCGACGUGUGUCGACAGAUCGCAGCAGGGCGCUGGAUACAUCUCUUUCCCGAGGCAAGAGUUGUCCAGUCUGGGAUCCUUGGCAUCGACCCCUGGGUAGUUGGAUGGCUGACUAGCAGGCAGUGGGGGAUAGGGAAGCUGAUAGCUCAUCUUCCCAAGCGACCUGUCUUCGUCCCCUUCUACCACGUCGGCAUGACUGCUGUACUCCCACAGCACAACCGCUGGGAAAAAGGGACGUACAACAACCUAGUCAUCAGCUGGGACCCGCGGCACUACGGACGAGGAAACAAGGUUAAGGUGUGGGUGGGGGAGAGCUGCAGCUUCGACGAUCUGAUCGAGGAGCACGAGAAGAAGCACGGGCCUCUGUGGAAGAUCCCGACCGAGGCUCCGCAGGAGAAGUGGGAGGAAACGAUGAAGCAGUGGAAGUCAAGGGAAGUGGAUAAGCCGCUCUACCAUCACAUCACAAGGCGGGUUGAGAAGUGCCUCAAGAACCUGGAAGCUCGAUCUCUUGCUGGUGUUUGA